CCUGUGGCUGUCGGAUUAUAUAAUGCGUCGAUGAAACGCGGUCUAUGAUCGUAAAACAUUUUUGCCUAUUAUGCAAUCUACCGACAUGAAGGCAAGCAGGUAGUUAAGUAAAAGCAAUGGCGAGCAAGCAAUGGAAACGAUCGAAUCCCGUCUAGCCCAUCUGGACAUGUGUGUUGGGCCGUUCAAGAAUGCUGUUAAGCGCGAACUUAUGCGUGUAUACAUAACAAGUGGCCAUCAUAAUCUUUGUGACUGAGUCCGGACUGACGCUACGAUGUUAUAUAAUAAGUGAAUGAUGUGGAAUUCGUCCCAUACGGCUGGAUAUGUGCAGUGUGUUGACGUCUUCCGUAUCAAAUGUGAGACUAUGAUGUAGACCAUGCGCAUUGUCCAUUUAAUGCCGGUAUGCUUGGUGUUAUUUCGUCGUUCUCGAGCAAUCUUACACUAAAGUUAUGAUCGGACUUUAGACUUCAUUCAAUCAGGUCCCUCGAAGUAUCGUCAUGCUGUGAUAACUGGUAAUUUAAGUAAAAUAAGGUAACACACUGUUCCAUAUUAAGCUUUUUUUCGCUUAUCGGCAGCGGGAAGCUUCGACUUGUCGCAACAAAAAAGCGGCGUUUCCUACAUCCGUCCUUAUCGUCAACAACGAACAUCUCAAAGGUGAACGUAAGAUCCAAGAUUGGAGAUUGAUUCUGGGAUGAUAUCGUUUACACCGAUCAUUCAGGCUGGAGGCGGCCUUAUCGAAGAGCUGGUACGCGAUAGUCCUCCAGCACGGGGGGUAUGUCAACUCGUCGGAGAUUGGUUAAGCCGGAUAAAUGAGUAUUUCCAAAAGGAUGAAGCGGGUCCGCUCACCGAGUUCUUGUUCGUACUUUUGUGUUCAGUGGUGGCUUCAACGUUGGCCUUUUCGCACAAGCGCUUGUCAAGGCGCCGCUCGCUUCACACGGAGGAUUGCUAUGUAGAAUUUCUAUGGAACGAUUUUGAAUGUGUUCCACGAGUCGGCGAACAGUACGAGUACAUUAUGCACGUCCAAUUUACGCCACGUGUUUCAGGCUUCUACUCGUUCCGUAUGGCUAUCGAACAUGUGCCCAUAGCAGGAAGCCCAUUUCUUAAGCGAUUUGAUCCUGGCGAGCCAACAGCUAGUCAUACAACAGUUUCAAACUUUAGGCCAGUUAUGGUAACAGGCGAUCGCACCGCUCUUCAGCUGAAACUACGGCUCCGUGACCGAUAUGGCAAUGAAGCUUUCGUGGACGAUGUAAACGCAGCAAGGCUACAAAAAUUGCUAAGGCUUCAUAUCGAAAGGCACGAUGGAGGAAAGGCAAGUUCAGUGAAAUACUCGGUUUGGCGCGACGAUGUUCUGCUCAGUUCGGCCACCCUUUCCGUACAGCUGUCAAGCCCGGGCUUAUUCAAAUUGAAACUGCUCUACGAUGGAGUGCCCCUGGCAAAAUCACCUUGCAUUGAAGUAGUCGUCUUAUGUGAUUCACGGUAUCACGCUUUGAUGAAUUACAACGAGGCUGUUUCCUCAGCGGAACUUAUCCUCUGCGACUCGGCGCUCCUCAGUGAUGCAAAGAAUACUCAAUUCAGGUAUUCUAUUCGAGUUCGACCAAGUGCUGGAGGAUCUGGUAGCGAAGUCCAUUUCCUAACCAAGGACGACACGGAAAGAAGUCAUUUGAUUACCAGCUCGCUAAAGGUAUCCCUCCGGCAUCGCACCGUUGAGCUGCAUGAUGAACAGAGCCAUUUACGCGUGGCUGUGACCUCAGAACACUCAAGUUCAUUUAUUUAUGCGGGACUCUUGCAUCUGGCAGGCCGCUUAGCGGGAGCCAGUAGGGCUUUUGAGGAACGCCGAGACUCGCUCGUAGAACGGGUUCGUGGGCAAAGUGGUGAAGUGAGUUCUCAUCAACGGGAGAUUGAAGGUCCAGCGAGACUAAUUGUCUGCAGAACAGAUCCUCUCAGAACGACCAUGAAGGCUACGGAGUGCUUCGAUCGUGAAGACUGGCGGCGCAAGUUCCAGAUCAACAUUAAAUUUGAGAUCGCCGCUGAUAUGGGAGGUCUGAGUAGGGAGUGGUUCGAAAUCCUUUGCAUAAAGCUUUUUGAUCCGAACGAAGGCCUAUUUACAUCCUAUGGGGGAGCUCAGGGUUUCGUACUGCCGAACGCCUCACUCCCGCCCUGUGGUAGCUACUUACGUAAACUUGAGUUCGCCGGUAGCGUAGUGGCCAAAUGCGUCUAUGAAUCAGCUCUUGGUAACCAACACAGGUUGACUGUUAAAGCCAAUUUCGCAAGAUCUUUUUUAGCACAAAUGCUCGGCAGGCCUGUGACUUACAGACACUUCAAGACGGAUGACCCUGAACUUUACCAAGGAAAAAUCAAAUACAUAUUGGAAAACAAUGUGGAUAAUCUUCAACUUUCGUUUAUUGAUGAGGAAUUCACGAUAGACGGAAAAUUGAUCCAGGAGGUAGAACUUAUCAGUGGAGGAUCGUCAUUUGCUGUGACCGAAAAAAAUAAGUUCCAGUACCUGAAUGCUCUAGCUGAAUACAGGCUCGCUCGAAAAGUUCGCUCACACAUCAAAAGCUUCAUGAUGGGUUUCAACACUGUUCUAAACAUCAAUUUUCUUCGGGAGUUUGACGAGGAAGAAUUGGAGUUGCUUCUUUGUGGAAGCCCAAUCUAUGUCGUUGAAGACCUUCGAAAAAAUCACUACGCUCUUGGUUGGACCGAUACGAAUCGCCAUAUUCUACAAUGGUUUUGGAAGGUGGUAGAUUCGUUCUCCGAAGAAGAACUUUCGCAAUUCGUCCAGUUUGUAACAGGAAGUAGCCGGCUUCCUUUGGGAGGAUUUAGUCAGCUAGAGCCGUGGGUGCAUAUCGUCUACGUGGAAGCAAAUAACAUACUACCUUCAGCUCACACAUGCUUUAACUACCUCUGUUUGCCUGGUUACGAUUCAUGUGAGUUGCUCGUACGACAGCUUCGAACGGCGCUUCGUGAAGGCUGCCAAGGAUUCGGUUUCGUCUAGCACACGGAAUUUAUCUAAACUGAAGUCCUAGAUCAUUUGUAACAGCAAUAUCAGGUGCGAUUUAUCAAGAGUCGAUUAUUUUUGGCCUAAUUAAUAGCCAAACUAGUUAAUUUCGGACAUAGAAGGAGAAGAACGACUUCCAGCCAGAGAAGUAGCGCUCUCGGAUAGAUAUUGUUAGAACUGCGACUUUUCAUCUACUUUUGGAUUCCAUAGAAUUAUAUCGUUUGAAUACACUUGGAGCAGAAACUGUUCGCGUGAUAUCUCCUCUUUUUUUUUUUUGUCACAGAGGAAAUAUGCAAAGACGCCAGUCGCCAUUUCAUGUCGUAUUUAUUUGUUGGUUAAAUUAGUACGAUAACGCGUUACAAAACAUGCAUUCGAUUUAGCGGACAAAAGGUUGGACACAGGGCCUUGACCUUAAAUGCCUAUGAGAACUAUUAAUAAGGCCACAUUAGUAGAGUAAUUGUAUGUACUUUUGCAACGAACGUAAGACUAUGAAGAUAGGCAAGUAUUUCAGACUAUAUGGGAAUAGAUCUUAGUAUAAUAUGUAGUACGAUAAAUCUGACUGUUCCACAUUACUAACCUGUAUAAGAUAGCUUUCCAAAUGUUUAAAACAUAUACAUUUCUAACGAUUUGACAUACUAAGCUUUGUAUAUUAUCCUACACCGUACAUAGAUGACCUUAACAAAUUUUCCAUAAAUAUACGUUAUCAUACCUUACGAUAUUGUUCCCGCACAUACAAAUACGUGUGUAUGAGAUGAAGAUGUGUUUUUUUUUUGGACGAUUAUCAUUAUCAAAUGCGGGCACUCGAUUUCUACUUAAAUCAGCUCAAUUACAUUGUGUGAGCAAUCAGCUUUUCAAAAUGAUUAAAUAAUACCUAAGAAAAGUGCAAUCUGUGAAGGUAGCGAGAAGAUUAAUAACAUGAUCUGUGACAUCUGAUCAGACAGAGUUUCUUUGAUUCCGUCGCAUUGUUGAUCAAGGAUUUAAUUUUUAUUUCGUCCAUGGCGUAAUAUUGUGUGUUAAACAUUUGGUUAAUCUAUUAGUUAUAUAGAAUUGAUAUAAAGUAAAAAAAAAAUUGUAAAACAUGGUGCCAACUGGAGCUGAACAAAUAAAUGUAUUGUCUGAACUGAAGCACCGUUUGAUUAUUUACUAACAAUAUUCGUCUUUAAUAGCGCUAUUUAU